UUGAGAAUUCAGUGUGCGGUGACUCGGGCGGAGUUGGCAUUACUGACGAGAAACGAGAUCAGUCAUUAAGUUAGAAAGUAGUAAAAAUAACCAAAUUAGCGGGUUGAAAUUUACCCCACUGCUGGAUGUGAUUUCCCCGAAAAUGCGUCGUUUGAGGAGUGCUGUUUAUUAGUAGAGCUGCGCGAAUUUGUUAGAGAGCUAUCGUGAGCUUGAGUUACGGGAAGGGAAGAUUUUCUCGGGCCUGCUUUUCAUGAACGGACCCCUUGCAACUUUUUUAAAAAGUUUGCAGAUACAAUUGAACCUCUCCCUGAACUCUCCAUAACCCGGUUCGAGUUACUUGCAUUGAGAUCCACAGAAACAGGCCUCACACAGAUGGGAGGAGUGUGUCGGCAGCACCUCGAAGGUGCACUCAGUCAAUGGACUGUUAGUUUCACAUAACUCAUCGGUCUGACUGUUAGUUUCACAUAACCCACUGGUCUGACUGUUAGUUUCACAUAACCCACUGGCCAAGACAGACUGUUCAGUGUGGAAGAUGAUAAUAAAGGCUUAAAUCUUUGGAUUAAAACACUCUUUUGACUCUUGCCCCUCAUCCAAACAUUGGUUCAAAGAACCUCCGAGGAGCUGAUCAUCACUGAAUGUUUGAAACGACCCAUCAAGAUGAGUGCUGAAGGAUAUCAGUACAGAGCACUGUAUGACUACAAGAAAGAGAGGGAAGAGGAUAUCGACUUGCAUGUAGGGGACAUUCUUACAGUCAAUAAGGGUGCACUGCUUGCAGUCGGCUACACAGAUGGUAUGGAGGAGAGACCGGAUGAAAUCGGAUGGUUGCCUGGCUUUAAUGAAACCACUCAGGAAAAGGGGGACUUUCCUGGUACGUACGUGGAGUUCAUUGGCAAGAAAAAGAUUUCUCCGCCAACUCCCAAACCGAGGCCCCCAAGGCCUCUACCUGUGGCCCCGGGGCCCACCAGGGCAGACUCGGAUUCUGAGCAAGGUCAACCAAUACAACCCUCUACGGACAUAUUGGAGAAAGAAUCGCUCUGUAGCAGUGGAGUUUGGUGCGAGACUACCUGUAUGUCAGAACAAUGCGCUAGCAUUCUGUUAGACCUGACUGAGCAGUUCGCUCCUCCAGAGAUGGGGCCGCCCAUGCUGCUCAAGCUGCUGGAGGCCAUUGAAAGGAAAGGUAUAGACAACCCAACGCUCUACAGAAACUUCACUGCUGGAGGAGGGCUUGAUGUCAGACAGUGUUUUGAUGGUGACCCAGCUUCAAUGGAUCUCGAGCAGAUGGACCUUCAGAUGUUGUGUGAUGGUCUGAGGAGGUUCCUUCAAGAUCUGCCUCAGCCUGUUAUCCCCUCUGCAAUCUACAGCGAGAUGAUGGGCAUUGCUCAAGAGGUGCAGGGUACAGACGAAUGCGCAAAUCACUUGCGGCUGGUCGUCAGCUCCUCUGCUAUGCCUCCACAGUACUGGCUUACCCUGCAGAGCUUGCUACGCCACUUCUCUCGCGUUUGCCAUGCCUCAGCGGCCAACCUUCUCAGUGCCCGUGCCCUCGCUGAGAUCUUUAGCCCGGCACUCUUUAGACAUCAGCCCGCCAGCUGUGAGCCCAGCCCAGAGGCACACAUCAGGAUCAUUGAAGUCCUUGUGACCAGUGAAUGGAUUGACAGUCAGGCAGCUCCAGCACUACCUCCCAAGCCGCCAAAACCGACGUCUGUCACUAACAACGGUAUGAACAAUAACAUGGCUCUGCAAGAUGCUGAAUGGUACUGGGGGGACAUCUCCAGGGAGGAGGUCAACGAAAAGCUUAGGGACACAGCUGACGGUACAUUUUUGGUCCGAGAUGCCUCCACUAAAAUGCAUGGAGAUUACACUCUCACAUUAAGGAAGGGUGGUAACAACAAGUUGAUUAAGAUCUUCCAUCGAGAUGGGAAGUACGGCUUUUCAGACCCCCUGACCUUCAACUCUGUGGUUGAACUGAUCAAUCACUAUCGGCACGAGUCGCUCGCCCAGUACAACCCCAAACUAGAUGUGAAGCUACUGUAUCCUGUGUCCAAGCACCAACAGGAUCAGGUAGUGAAGGAGGACAACAUUGAAGCUGUUGGGAAGAAGUUGCACGAAUACCACCAGCAGUAUCAGGAGAAAAACAGAGAGUAUGAUCGACUCUACGAGGAGUACACUAGAACAUCACAGGAAAUCCAAAUGAAACGGACUGCUAUUGAAGCCUUCAAUGAGACUAUAAAGAUCUUUGAAGAGCAGUGCCAGACGCAAGAACGGUACAGCAAGGAAUAUAUCGAAAAGUUUAGGAGAGAAGGCAAUGAGAAGGAAAUCCAAAGGAUCAUGGGGAACUAUGACAAGUUAAAGUCACGCAUCAGUGAAAUAGUGGACAGCAAGCGGCGUCUGGAGGAAGAUCUAAAGAAGCAGGCGGCGGACUACAGAGAGAUCGACAAGCGGAUGAACAGCAUUAAGCCUGACCUCAUCCAGCUCAGGAAGACCAGGGACCAAUACCUCAUGUGGUUGACACAGAAAGGAGUCAGACAAAAGAAGCUCAACGAAUGGCUGGGAAUCAAAAACGAGAACCAGGACAAUCAAUACUCAAUGGUGGAUGACGACGAGGAUUUGCCACACCAUGAUGAACGCUCCUGGAAAUUGGGCAACAUUAACCGUAUCCAGGCUGAGGCGCUUCUGCGGGGCAAGAGAGAUGGAACAUUCCUGGUCAGGGACAGCAGCAAAGCUGGAUGUUACGCCUGCAGUGUUGUUGUGGAUGGCGAGGUCAAGCACUGCGUCAUCAACAAGACACCCACAGGAUACGGCUUCGCUGAGCCCUACAACCUUUAUAGCUCACUCAAAGAACUGGUCUUGCACUACCAGCACACGUCCCUGGUUCAGCACAAUGACUCUUUGAAUGUCACGUUAGCAUACCCAGUCUAUGCACACCAGAGGCGGUGAGGACUAGUUGAACACCCUCGGGACUCAUAAAAAAGCAAAGAGAUAAGAAAGGGCCUCCAUCAUGUGGAGACGCCUCCAGUAGGGCUGCUGCUUUUUGUCUUGAAACGACUAUGUUGGAAAGAAAAGAAAGCGAAACCCAAAAUGAACAUUUCAGCCACUGAGACUUUCACCAGUCUGAAUGUAGUUUGAGCAGAAACUGCUAAACUUUAACUAUACCGAAAUGAAGGACUUUUCCAAAUGGUGCUUGUUCAUUUCAAAGCUUUACCCGCUGCUGGAAUGUGGAACUUUGACUUAAACCUCUGGAGGGCAUCUUUUUUUACCUCUUCUACCCCCUACCUGCUCAGUUCAGGUCCCUUUUUCUGUGUGUGUUUGUGUGUCUACGAGCGAGCGAGAGAAUGUGAUGUGACCAAAACUCACAGUAUCUAAAAACUAUUGGGAUGUAACUCGUUCUUCAUGAACAGACCAUGGAAUCAGCUGAUCAAAUGUAGCAAGAUGGCACUUUCGAAACAGUAUCUACUAGUUUUCCUGUAAGAGACUCCUACACGAACGUUUGAAAUGACACGCCACUUCUCAAAGGAGCUAAGUGACGAGAAGAAAGCUAGAUGCUGAAUGGCAUUUUCUUCAUGAGCAUUAUAGUGACAGACUCUAAAUCCAUUUCUCAUUUAUGGACUGGACUUAAAGGAACUGAAACAUAGACUUCACGCUGUGUACAUACAGAUAGCAUCAAAAGCUACGUGACAAAACCAUAUUGUACCAAAAAAGAAAUGCAGUUCCUUCUCAGUUGUAUUCUAAUCUGCUAUGCAAAUUCUGUAUUUUCUGUCUUCUGCAGAGUUGUGAUUUUAUUUUACACAUUGCUACCCAUAAUAUAAACUUGUUUUUAUUGCUUAAAGUCUUUUUUUAUGUCAGUAUCUAAGAGGAUAUUUUAAGUGUCAAAACGGCAAGAAAGAUGGCUUCAUUUUACAGAAGGAGUGCAGAAAAAAAGUACUUUUAUUACUUAUUUCUUUAUCAGCCACUGGUCAAAUUAAAGAGAGAGUAUUUUAUUAGUCUUUUUCACUUGUAGCUGAUUUUCUCUUGGGCAGAGCCUGGAGGACAUUAGUGCUGUUUCUGUCUACAGUAAUGGUGAUAUAUAUAUAUAUAUAUAUAUAUAUAUAUAUAUAUAUAUAUAUAUAUAUAUAUAUAUAUAUAUAUAUAUAUAUAUAGGGGUGUAACGGUACACAGAAGUCACGGUUCGAUACAUACCUCAGUUUUGGGGUCCCGGUUCGAUACGAGUUUGGUACAACAGGAAAAAGCAACAAAUCCCAAAUGCUAGGUUUCUUUUCAUUUAUUUUGAACAGACAGUAGUGCAAAUUACAGUUUGUUCCACCUAGCGGCAUUUAGUCCCCCAUGAGGUAGUUGGUACAGUACAGCCUCCUUUAGUGUAUUAAGCACUAAGCAGUAAACAGAAUGCACUCUUGCAUAAGCCAUAUUUUUCGUAGGGUUGACAAAAAAAAAAAGAAAAACAAAAGGUAUUUGGUCACAAUCGGCUACAAAACUGAAAAGCAUCUCUUGUGUUAUAAAAGAACAAAAUAAAUAGAAUAAUGAAAAAUAAAACUUGUGCAUUAGGAGAAGCCAUUCUUGUUUUGGGUUUGUGCAUGGCUGGUCUCUUCUUCUCCUUUUUUUUUCCUGUUGUGGCGGUUAGCAAACAGCGUUGCAUUACCAUGCGCGCCCUCUUCUGGAUUGGAGUGUGGAUCGCCUGUGACUCUUCGUCUGACUGCAUGCGCCGAACCGUAACGGUUCGGGACAAAUACAUGUACCGUUACACCCCUAAUAUAUAUAUAUAUAUAUAUAUGAGACAUUUUCACAAGAGCAAACAAACUAAAAAAAUCAUCACACCAUAUAAAUCACUGCAAUUGAAAGAUUUAUGUCAAACAACACAAUACUGCAGUUUCCCAAUCAAAUAUAGAGGUUUAUUUUUUGAUUAUUUGUGUCAUAAACAAAAGGAUAGUGAUUUGAUCCUCUGGAGUGAUGGAAAAAAGAUUGAUUUCGGUGAUAUACACCCUCUCGUUCCUUAUCGGCAUAGUAUAUUUUCUGUAUCAGAAAAUCUUAAUAGUGUUGUUUACAUGGAUCAACUCAGACUAGUACCCAAUGUUCUAGUUAGCGCCACAUGCUCAGAAAUGCAAAGUCUAAUAUUAGGAUGCCACACAGUUAGGGGAACCUAUCAGCUUGACAUUUUUCAUGGCUACAGUAUUCUCAACUUUAUUAUCGGUGACAUCAGAAUGACUUUUGCCUUCCACUCACGUCUACGUUACAGUUACACUUGGCAAAUGCAUUGGAUGUUUUGCAUAAAUAAGCAUCAAUGUGACACCAGUAAUUAAUGAAUUUCUUUUUUGUUAGUCAGCUUUGCGGUUGUAUAUUUUUACAUUCGUCUGACGACUUGUUUUAAUUAGGCCUGAUUGCCUUAAAAUUUGUUAGUUGUUCAUAUUUUUAAAGCAGGCUACUGUUGAAUUUAGCUGUUUCCAGAAUAUUAGAAGGUCUUCAAUGUAAGAUUUCAAGGAUAAUAACUCUCGCGUUUCUCCCAUGUUCAUACGCACAAUUGUACUAUACCAAUAUUAUUUGCCCCAUGAGUUAGCAUUUCUGUUUUUGAAAUUUUAAUGUUUCCAAAAAUAAUAUGAAGGCACGGCAAAGUCCCUUUCUUGUUGAGUAAACUUACACGUGGUUUGAGGUAAAUGUUAGAACUUUGCAGGCCACUUCAACUUUUACUGCUUGUGAUUUCGAAAGUCUGAGAAACACGAUUCAAAGUUUACUUUUCUUUUUUAAUUUAAGUUUUUCACUGAAUCUUAAAAUUGACCCUUGUUAAUAUACCUACUUGAUCUGGAUGAAAUAAAAUACUUUCAUGGUAACUCAUCUUGGGCUUUUUUUUUUUUUUUUUUUUAGUCUCUGCUUCUACAUGUUGUACUCUUUUCACCCUCUGCUUAAAGGCCACAAACUUCCGUGUUUCACAUGAUCAUGGUAGUACUUUUUCUGCAGCCCCUGUUCUCAAAAAUUCUUGCAACAUUUUGUGAAUGAUUUUUAUUUUUAUUGUAUAGGAUUGAUUUACAGACAUUGUUUCUACAAUGCUGAAAUUGAGAUUAACCGGUUUGUUCCAGUUCACAAAAUGUUUUUUUUUUUUUUUCUUUUUUCUUUUU